UAGGAUAUCAUAUUAUAAUAAUUGUGAGUAAGCAUGGAAAAUUUCUGAUCCACCCUAGGACAUACUAACUCUCUUUAGGAUGAACCUUAUCCAAGAGUUUUUCAAAGCAUCACUGCAGAAAGAUACUGAGUUUGCUAUAUUACAGAGCAAAAUCCCAAAGAGUGAAGUUGAGCAUCUGAAUAGGCUUUCGAUAGAGUAUAUCAAGAAGUCUCAAAGACUACUGGUGUUUUCACUAGUGUGAUUCAUCAUCCUUUCGAAUCUAAAUAAAGGCAUGAGUUAUAAGCAAACAGUUAUGGCUUGAGGGUCAUCCUUAUUAGUCCUUGGGUUCUUUCUGAUAUAAGCCAUUAUAUCCAGAAGUAUCCUAAGUAUCUUCAAAUAUUGAUAUUGAGUUAUAAUGUGCUUGGAUACAUCGGGCCCUAUUUGUGCUUUGAGUGAGAGUAUAAAGGUCAUGUCAACACUUUCAUUCCAGCUAUAUAUUUGCAUCAUUUCUACCUAGCAACUUUGACUCCGUCAAAGAGACACUUGACAAGUAUGAUCUUUGCGUUCACUAUUAUCUUACAAAUAAUUUUUGCAAUCCACAGGUUUGGAGAGAUUGAUGUUGAUCUCAUUGUCUCAGGACUUAUGUGUAUCCUAGUCUCCGAUCUAAGCCUUAGGACAAACCAGACAAGGCUGUCUCAGAUGUACCAAAUGAUUCUGGAGAAUAGGAAGCUAAUGAACGAGAAGCAGAAAGUUGUACAGGAAUUUCCUCACCCAGUUUUGAUACUUCCUCAGAAAAUGUCUGAAAUGUCACAUUGAUAUUCAAAUGAACAAUUUGAACAGAGAAUCAAGACUCUGGAUCAUAAGAUAAAAGCACUAGAUUCAGUUCAAGUUGAACUGAAACAAAAAUAUGAUCAAGAAAAGGCUUACCUUAAGCUAUCUCUGUUCGAGUAUUUAAGCAAGAUCAAGAAGAAGAAUCAUGAUCAAGAAGACAAAGGAAGUACAGUUAUCCAUUGCAAAAAUAUUAAUAACAAAGAAAGAAUCAGAGAGAAUGAAAGAAAACAGGUAAAAAGAAACUUUUACAUUAAAUCCCUCAACAUUGAGUGGAAAGAAGUUCCUUCUGUGAUGCAUGUCUUCAUUGACACCACAGAUAUUAUAAAACUGGAGCAGGCUAAGAGCAAGAUUAGAAUGCAGAAGAUCAUGUUCGCAAGCACCAGUCACGAGUUCAGGACUCCCUUAAAUGCAAUCAUUCAUUCGUACAAAUUUAUUGAGACAGGAUUCAAAGACAUGCUUCAGAUGCUGCAACAAAAGGCUUCUGAAGAUUUUAUCAGGAAUAAGAGCUUCCAAGACCAGGUAGAGUUUAUUAAGAAGUUUAUCAAGACCGGAUCAACUUCUUCAAUAUUGCUGCUAUCUUUAGUAGAAGAUAUUUUGAGUCUGUCUAAGAUAGAUAUUGGAACCUUAUCUAUCAAUUUGGAUCUCUUCCAUGUACCUGAACUUCUUCAAGAUGUGCACUUUUUAUUCUCUGUGCAAUGACAGAGCAAGGGUGUGGACUUGGUAAUCGAUUGUGAAGAUGCUCUGCAGAUCAAUAAAAUCAGUAGCGACAGCAAUAGAAUCAAACAAAUCCUAGUGAACCUUCUAUCGAACUCGGUGAAGUUUACCUUCAGAGGCUCUAUCAUCAUUAAAGCUGCUCUCAAGAAGACUCUGGAAGGUGAUGACAUUGCUGAGUUCAGAGUCUGUGAUACUGGCACUGGUAUAAAAGAAGAAGACCAAGCACACCUCUUCCAAAUGUUUGAGAUUAUUGGGCAGGAUGAGGACCUGAGUCCUGAUGGGUGUGGGUUGGGGCUUACCAUUUGUAAAAAGUAUGUGGAAGUGCUUGGAGGAAAAAUAUGUAUAGAAUCAGUGUAUGGUAAAGGAACAACAGUGAUAUUUACUAUAAUGAUACAUGAAAUAACAAAACUUCCAUUCAAAAGAUCUCGUUGCUUAACAGAGAUUAAAGGCUUAUCGAAACCCUCAUUUGGAAGUAUGUCAGGAGUAGAUUUCAAAGUUAAUGAAGAGCAUGAUUCACAAAUAUGAGCUACCCACAGGCUCCCAAUCAACGAUGUCCAUCUCUCAAAGUUCUCACAAAGCUAA